CUUAUGGAUAUGUAUACACGUAUGAAUACACGCAAAAUACAUAAUUUUUCUGGAAAGAAAAGCCCGUAUAGAGGCGCUUGUCUGCUCUGGUAUUGCACACAUCAGACCUCCUCCUCUUCUGUCCGCUGUUCUAUCUCUUGUUCUUGCGGUCUCCAAAUUUGAGCUGAAAAAGAUCUAAAAAUCUCUUUUUGAUAUCGAUUUCCCUCUUCUUGAUGCUUCCGCUUUCUUGAGAAUCGAUCGGUUUGGGCAACCCCGCUGAAGAAGAAGGAUUGUGAUGGCUGGCGUGGAUCCGACCAAGUACGCGCACAGCCCGGCGCACAAGGCCGUGCUCGCCCGCGACUACGCCGGCCUCAAGUGCGUGCUCGCGGCGCUGCCGCGCCUGGCGGAGCCCUUGUCGAUCGUCACCGAGGCGGCGGCGGUCGCGGAGGAGGAGAAGGCGGACGCCAUCUCCGCGGUCAUCGACCGCCGCGACGUCCCCGGUCGGGAGACGCCGCUCCACCUCGCGGUACGCCUCGGCGACGCCGCCGCUGUCGAGAUGCUCAUGGCCGCCGGCGUCGACUGGAGCCUCCAGAACGAGCAGGGGUGGAGCGCGCUCCAAGAGGCCAUCUGCUUCCGAGAGGAGAACCUCGCCAAGAUCAUCGUCCGCCACUACCAGCCCCUCGCCUGGGCCAAGUGGUGCCGCCGGCUGCCGCGGCUCGUCGCCACCAUGCGCCGGAUGCGGGACUUCUACAUGGAGAUCACCUUCCACUUCGAGAGCUCGGUGAUACCCUUCAUCUCCAGAAUCGCCCCCUCCGACACCUACAAGAUCUGGAAGCGGGGGUCCAACCUGCGUGCCGACAUGACUCUGGCCGGGUUCGACGGCUUCCGGAUUCAGCGCUCCGACCAGAGUGUCCUCUUCCUCGGGGAUGGAUCGGAGGACGGGAAGGUGUCACCGGGAUCCCUGUGCAUGAUCUCCCACAAGGACAAGGAAGUGAUGAACGCUUUGGACGGAGCGGGCACGCCGGCCACCGAGGCGGAAGUCCAGCAAGAAGUUGCCGCGAUGUCCCAGACGAACAUCUUCCGACCGGGAAUCGACGUCACGCAGGCAGUGCUACUUCCUCAGUUGACAUGGAGGAGGCAGGAGAGGUCGGAAUUGGUUGGGUCGUGGAAAGCAAAGGUGUAUGACAUGCAUCACGUCGUUGUGAGCGUGAAGUCCCGGCAGGUGCCCGGGGCGAUGACCGACGAAGAGUUCCUCUCGACCUGCAAUGACAAUGAUACAGAGAGCGAAGGGCUCGAGGACAUCUUGACGGAGGAGGAGCGGAAGCAAUUGGAGAAUGCCCUCAAAAUGGAAUCCCCUGAUGAGGCCCAACAUGUUCCUCGCCGGCAUAGCUGCUGUGAACCGAGGCCGAUGGCCAUCGACGAUGUUGGCAGCAGUAGUAACAGUGAGAGUAGACAGGAUAGGAAAAGUUGGUUUGGUAAUUGGAAAAAGAGGGGCGGUAAUCACAAACAAGAAGGGCAGAAGAAAGUUGUGCCUCCAAGGAGCUCACUUUGUGUCGAGGAGAAGGUGAGUGAUCUCCUUGGUGAUUCUCCGUCUGGGUGUCAGAGUAGGCCUGCAAGGCAUUCCAUAGAGAUUGUUAACAGUAACAGAGGGGACGAUCUUAGGAGGGGAAGGGACAGGGAUUCCAAAAGGACAGUGACGGGUUUGGAGAAUGGAUACCGACGCAAAGAGAGUAGCAAAGAGAGCGAAUACAAAAAAGGUCUAAGGCCUGUUCUGUGGCUCUCUUCUGAUUUUCCACUUCGGACAGAAGAGCUACUGCCACUUCUUGAUAUUCUUGCAAACAAGGUUAAGGCAAUUCGUCGUCUGAGGGAUCUACUUACGACGAAGCUCCCUGCUGGAGCAUUUCCGGUGAAGGUCGCCAUUCCAGUUGUUCCUACCAUCCGGGUCCUGGUUACUUUCACCAAGUUCGAAGAAUUGCAGCCACUGGAAGAGUUCUCAACACCUCCUUCUAGCCCUGAGAGCAACUCCCCUGAAACACUGCAAUCAAGCUCCUGGAUUCAAUGGAUAAAGGCACCCUAUCGACAAGGUUACUCUGCAACAUCAGGACCGAGUAGCCGUGUAGAAGACAUACAAGACCCAUUUGUGAUUCCUCCUGAUUAUAUUUGGACUACUCCUGAGGCAAAAAAGAAGAAGAUACAGGAAAACAAGAGCAAGUCCAAGAAGGGAAAGGGACAGAACCAGUAGAUGAUUUUGCCGAUGAAAUUUGAACUCGGUUAAUGAUAUGUUGUGCCGAUGCUUGUGCUUCCAAGACUAUCCAUUUGGAAGUUACUUCAUCGGCUGAAGAUAGUGCCGAAAAGGAUUUGAAGGCUUUGGCUAGACAUGUCGUGAAGUGAAUAUUAGAAGUCUCCAUGGGUAGUCAUGUACGAUAUCGAUCGAGGUAUGCGUAUAACCAGAUUUGAUGUGUUAAGAUUUGUUGAAAGAUUCUUUACCAAGCUGUUUGUCAGUACUUUUUUUUAACUAGCUGCUUCUAACCAAGUGACAAGCUUUGAAUUGCUUGCAAUGCUUGAUUGUAUUAUUUCUUUCAGAUAUUAGCUUUACCUCUUUCUUCA